AUCGGAAAAAUCCAAAUAAAUGCCAGAGGGUCUCACUAACUGGCGCUUGUUCGGCCCGUUAUGAUUCAUUUGCCUUCAUUGGAAACGGCAUGCUCAGGUCUAUCUUGGUUAAUAACAAUCUUUGAUCUUAGCUUUACAGAUCGCCAUUAUAGGGUUUCAGCAGUGCAUAGCGAUUAAGAGUGCAGACUGGGGCUUUAGGGGUAAAAGUGGAACAGGCUAUUUUAAUGAAAUCCAUCGAAGUGCGGAACUACUACUCCUGCUGUAUAAUAGUAUCAUCGUCGGUUGUUAUUCGAGAUGAUAUCCGCUACGAGCUGAAACGGUACGAAGAUCGGACACCUGGAAUAUAGCCAAAGCAGUAUCAACCAUCAGUCGAAAUACAUCAGUCCUUUUGAUGGGAUGUUAUUUAGCCUUUAUUAGAGAAGAGAAGCCAUUCCCGUGGGGUUUAUUUCAUGGGGAUGUGUUCAAGACAAGAGAGAAUACAAAAAGACGUCAACAUCGUAAUUCAAAGGUGCAAGGCAGAGAAAGACUGCCUUUUCUCCGAUUUCAGAUACUCUGACGCCACCUUCACCUUCACCUAUUCCAAAGGCUCCAGAAGGGUGUCGUACUCUGUGCACGUCUCUGAUGACUACCCAGACAAUACAUACGUGUCAAACUCUGAGAACGAGGAUGAAGUUCUAGUCACCAGAGACCAGAUCCCCGUCAUCUUCCACAGGAUAGCAACAGAGAUUAGGGUCAAUAAUGACGCCAACUGCUGCCUGUCCAUCAAGUCCAAACAUCAGAUAGACAAGAAUCAGUGCCACUAUGCCAUAGAGGAGGACUCUGAGGGGGAUGCUGACUCUGAGGAGUUUUACUAUGGAGGUCAGGUCAACUCUGAUGGCGAGCUCCACAAGCACCCCCAGUUGGAGGUGGACCUGGCUGCGGUCCAGGAGAUGUACGGACACCACGCAGUAUCUCUCAGGGAAUACGGUACCAUCGACGAUGUGGACAUUGAUCUCCACAUCGACGUCAGUUUCCUAGAUGAGGAAAUAGCCCUGGCGUGGGACGUGAUCCGCAGGGAGCCGGUGAUCGUGCGUCUACACUGCUCUCUGACACAGUACCUGAAUGGACCGGUCCCCACGGUGGACGUAUUCCAGGUGUCGACUAAAGACCGGUUUGGACUGGGACAUCAGAUGAAGAAGAUAAUGCAGACGUUCGUCACGCAGCAGUGGAAACUCCAGAGUAAAGAGAAACUCAACUGCUCUCGCAACAAAAACAAGGGUGACAAGAAGGGCAAAUCUCCCCUCCACAUCUUCUCGACCCUCCGCAGAUCUCCCAGCUACCCGUCUCCCGGCUGUGUCAAGAGCAAAAAGAAGCUGAAGCCUGAACAAGAUGGCGCCUCUAAAUCCCACCGCCUUCUCCGCCGGACUUACACCAGCACCGCCAAACAGCAGGUUGAGGUGGACGGCUGCGGCCCCGGGACCAAGACUACCCACCGUCUCCUGGGCCUUUCCCUGUCCAGCGGAGACCCCCGUAUGGACCACGGAGCAGGGCCCGGACCACUGCCCUUCAAACCCCACCGCCUGGGCAGGCCCUGCAUGGCUGUGGUCAAACCAGAGGACCUCCGACCCGCUCCCCAUAAGCUCCUGCCUCGCUCGUGCUCCGGCGACCCCCGCUGUGAGCAUGCGGGAGUGGGAGGAGGUAGUCUUGGGGGAGGUUUAAAGCACCACAGGCUGCUCAGUAGGUCGUGCUCUGGUUCUAUCAGGACGGAGGAGCUGGAUGGACUGAAACACCACCACCUCCUCAGCAGGUCCUACUCCAGCAGUACCAAGAUGGGCAAGGCAGCAGACAUCUUCAAGGACUCUGUGUCUCCGUCCGAGGGGAGGCGGCUCUCUCUUACCUCAGGGCUCAUCGGGAUCCUCGCCCCCUCGCUCGCCACGCCAACGCCGCCAAACAAUGGAGCCAAGUCCAUACCAAUAAAAGACAGAGGUUUCCUCGUCCAGACCAUGGAAUAUGCUGAGCAGAGGAUUCCGGUCCUGAAUGAGUUCUGUGUGGUGUGUGACGAACCACACGUGUUCCAGAACGGACCAAUGCUCAGACCCACCGUGUGUGAGCGGGAACUGUGUGUGUUUGCCUUUCAAACACUGGGGGUGAUGAACGAGGCAGCCGACGAGAUCGCCACAGGGGCUCAGGUGGUGGACCUGUUGGUGUCCAUGUGUAGGUCUGCUCUAGAGUCUCCCAGGAAAGUGGUCAUCUUUGAGCCAUAUCCCUCCGUGGUUGAUCCGUGUGACUCCCAGGCACUGGCCUUCAACCCCCGGAAAAAGGACUAUGACCGAGUGAUGAGAGCCCUUGACAGUCUCACCUCUAUCAGAGAAAUGUCCCAGGCACCUUACCUGGAGAUUAAGAGGCAGAUGGACAAGCAUGAUCCUUUAGCUCACCCCUUACUGACAUGGGUAAUAUGCAGUAACAGGUCACACAUCGUCAAACUACCAGUAACCAGACAGCUGAAGUUCAUGCACACCCCACACCAGUUCCUUCUACUCAGCAGUCCUCCUGCCAAAGAGUCCAACUUCAGAGCUGCCAAAAACCUCUUUGGGAGUACCUUCGCUUUCCAUGGUUCUCACAUAGAAAAUUGGCACUCCAUUUUGCGAAACGGUUUGGUGGUUGCAUCCAACACAAGACUUCAGCUCCAUGGCGCCAUCUACGGGAGUGGGAUCUAUAUCAGCCCAAUGUCAAGCAUAUCAUUUGGUUACUCAGGGAUGAACAAAAAACAGUUGAAAGUUACUUCGAAGGACGAAACUGCUACAAACAAGACUAACUUACAGUCAACAAAGAAAGGACAGCAGCCCCAGUUUUUGCAAAGUCGGAACCUGAAGUGCAUAGCCUUAUGUGAAGUAAUCACAUCCCCUGACCUGCACAAACACGGAGACAUCUGGGUCGUUCCCAACACUGAUCAUGUCUGUACACGCUUCUUCUUCGUUUAUGAAGACGGUCAGGUGGGGGAUACGAGCAUCAACACACAAGACUCUGGCAUCCAUCGAGAGAUCCUACGAGUCAUCGGCAACCAGACUGCCACGGGAUGAACAACACAGCAAUACUGCUGCCUCUCCUCCUCCACCUCUCAGCUCAAAGCUGGAUUUUUUUUUGAGCUGCGGAGGCCCGUCGUACAAAGUGUUUCCUUCCCGAUCAAGGCAGGGGACACACAAACAACUUCAAAGUUUGAAACCUCAGCACACAUAUGUACAACUGAAACACGACAAAACUCGAGGGAAGAACACAUUUUUGUUAAGUUUUCUAAAUACUAUGAAGAAUCCUGCUUUUCCUGAAGACACAGUACGUCUCUGUUUGACUGAUUUGGGACGAUUUCAUUUUUUGUAGAGAACGUUUAAAAUGGUAAAACUCUUUGGUGAAUAUUUUGAGACUUUUUGAUAAUAGAUACGGGCCUUUUUCGGGGAAAAAAUAACUAGGAACACGUUCCUUCCUGUCUAGGAAAAAGGUUCCUUCCUGUCUAGGAAAAAGGUUCCUUCCUGUCUAGGAAAAAGGUUCCUUCCUGUCUAGGAAAAAGGUUCCUUCCUGUCUAGGAAAAAGGUUCCUUCCUGUCUAGGAAAAAGGUUCCUUCCUGUCUAGGAAAAAGGUUCCUUCCUGUCUAGGAAAAAGGUUCCUUCCUGUCUAGGAAAAAGGUUCCUUCCUGUCGAGGAAAAAGGUCCCAUCCAUCUGACCUGGUUUACUAUGGAGUUGUACCUUUUUAAAGUACAAUGUAGACUGUAGGUGUUGAUAUGCACUGUUUCUUAAUGUCAUAUAUCUGUACCAACAACUGGUUCAUAACCUAAAAAACUACAAAUUAUUUUCCACUUGAUUAUUUUGUGUGUGUGUGUGUGUGUACAUACACACAGUACCAGUCAUCAGUUUGGAACACACCUGCUCAUUCCAGGGUUUUUCUUUAUUUUUACUAUGUUCUAUAUUGUAGAAUAAGUGAAGACAUC